AUGCGUCUCAACAUCUUUGGCCUACCUCGGCGACAGCCUCGCCAUCGUGAUAUUUCUCUCGAUGAAGAUGAAACACAGGGCAUGCUUGUCGAUGAGAACCAAAGUUCUCCCAAGCCCAAUGUACAGGGUAAACUGUCGAAAGCUAAGAUCGUGGCCUUCUUCACGGCCUCGAUCGACCUUGCGAGAAGACUUCUACUGGUCUUGGCUCCAAGUUUUCUCACAGAGACAGAGUUGCAGGAAGCCUCUUCCACAUCCCAAGACCACCACCUCUCAACAUCCUCCCUUGACGGUCUUCGCGGAUAUGCCGCCCUGGCUGUGAUGAACUAUCACAUCCUUUACGCCUAUCAAUCUUUUGUGUUCUACGGAUACGGACUUUCGCAAGCUGCGUCGAAAUCUUGUGCACGCCCCGAAGACGUCUACGCGCACAACCGUUGGUUCCAUCAAUUGCCUGUUUUUCGCAUGGCCUACGGCGGCACUUGGCCAAUCUCUGCCUUCUUCGUCAUCUCUGGCUUUGCGCUUUCGCACAGACCUCUCAAGGUCUCUCGCGAUGCUGCCGACGGCUUCACCAGCGGUGCGUCUGCAGUUGCUUCUGGGCUGUUUCGUCGAGCGUUUCGGCUAUACGGCCCGCCACUCAUUGCAACAUUCAUCACUAUGGUGUUGAUCCAGCUUGGUGCAUACGAACAUGGCCGAAAAGUUUCCGGAGACACGAACUGGGUACCAGUCAUCAAUGAGGCACAUCACAAGCGCUUCGACUCGUUCGGCCUGCAGCUGGGAGACUGGCUCCAUGAAACGUGGAAAAUGUUUCAUGUCUUCUGGUGGGGAGACCUACACAACCAGUAUGAUGUUCAUCUAUGGACGAUCCCAACGGAGUUCCGGUGCUCGCUGGCAAUCUUCCUCGUGCUCCCUAUGUACAUCAGCCUGAGGGAGUAUAGACUGGCAGCAACGUUUGAAGAAGAGCCUGGAUGGUAG